AUGCAGAUUACCAUCGCUCCCGCUAGCACCAAAACUGGUGCCGCCAUCGUCCGGUCACUGCUCUCGUUUGAUAACAAGUCCAUCAACAUCAAGGCUCUCUACCGAAACGUGAAAAAGGCACCGGAAGAGUUUACGUCACACGCCAACUUCACGGUCGUCGAGGCGGAUGUUUCGGAUGCUUCGUCACUAGACUUUUCUGGAUCGGACGCUGUUCUUGCCAUUACUCCUCCAGUAUAUGACGGUCGUGAUAUCGUUGCUCACGCUACAAACGUCUCCAAGAAUGUCCGUCAUGCUGUCGAGAGGGCUGGUACCGUGAAGAGGCUCGUGUUGCUCUCGAGCGUGGGGGCAGAGUUCUCUGAGGGAACAGGCGAACUCAAGACAAACCAUACUGCCGAGCAAGUCUUUAAGGACACGAAUGUUCCCGAGAUCAUCUUUGUCCGAUGCACAUAUUUUAUGGAAAACUGGACAAUGUCUGUGGAGACUCUCAAGGCACCAAAGCCCUUCUUCUACUCAACCAUCACGCCCUUGGACUUUCAAGUCGCCAUGGUCGCUGUCAAAGAUAUUGGUCAAGCCCUGGCUUCAGAACUGGUCAAGGAGUCGACUCCACCCGCCAAGCCUUACAUCUUGGAGCUUCACGGACCCCAGCCUUAUACACCACUGGAUGUGAAAAAUGCAUUCUCGCAGGUUCUUGAUAAGGAUGUUGAGGUGAUGGCUGUCGAGAAGCAGGAUCUGCCAGCGUUUUAUGGCAAAAUCUUUGCUCCUCAGAUCAUCAAUGAGUGGGUUGAGAUGGCCACGUGCUUCUUGCCUGGCGGGAUAGCAGAGAAGGAUUUGACGAAGCCAGGUGAAGUUGACGUUAUUAGAGGCAAGACGGAGCUGAUUGAGGCCAUUCAAGCGGCACUGAAGUAA